AUGAAGCCACAAUACGAAAUUUGGAGUGCUAGCAAGAUUACUGAAGUGAAGGUCACAGGUCCAAUCGAAACCGAAAGCUUUGCGAAUGCGAAGUUCAAGGUUGUGAGAGGUUAUGUUAGUCAAGUGCAUGAAUUCACUCUCGCAGACCUGCCUUGUCUUAAUCCUUAUGGCUGGAUCAUGCUUUACAAUUUAUUUUUGAGAGACAGACAGAAGUACGAGCUCUCUUACCUUGAGCUGAUGAUAGUUUCGUAUAUUCAAGAGGUGGGAAAAUGGAUGUGGCACGGGAAUGAAAUGAUGCACACUUUCAUAAGGCCUAUUUCUUUCUACCUGAAAAACAUUUGUACACCACCUCUUGCCUAG